UGUAUGACUGUGCGUUUAUAUCAGUCUUGAUCGUUGAUCUGUCGGUCAACGUGUUAGGAUCACGUUACCUAGUGUUUUCUAAGUGUAAUACUGUUCCAUAGUAUAAUCUUAACAAAUUUACAAGAAAUAUUUCAAAAAAUGUUUGCCGCAGCUUUUGCUCUUGUGCUUAUAACAGUACAUGUUGCAGCAGAAGUACCUUCCUACAUUCACAUAUGCGGCCGCAGAGAUCCGGAAAUUGAGCAAUGCAUCCUGAACAACAUAAAUAAUUUGAAGAUUAAAAUAUGCAAAGGAAUACCGGAAUUGGAUAUUCCAUCGAAUGACCCAUUUAUUAUUGAAAAAUUAGUCUUUGCCGAAACGCCCGAGAUCAAAUUAUAUAUUAGAAAUACGCAAAUAACAGGUUUCUGUGAGUUCAACAUAACUCAUUUUCGUGCAGAUAUUGAUACUCUCCAUUACGAUGUUGAGCUUAUAUUCGACCAGAUCCGAGCAAACACCACUUAUGACGUCGAUAUACGUUUACUGGUACCUAUUGCACAUAAGGGACCCCUUUACAUUACUACAGACAACAUAGGAGCAAAAGUAAGCUUGGAUUUCGAAAUAGUUACCAGAAAUGGCAAGAGAUAUACGUACUUGGCAAAGAUGAAGUUAAACCUCGACAUAAAAAACUACGACGCUGAGUACAGCGUAGAAGGCGAUCAAUUUGGUCAAUUGCAGAAAAUUAUUCAUAACUUUAUAGGUCAGAAUCAAGAAGAGAUUAUAAAGAGUCUUAAACCGGCACUGGAAGAGCAAAUCUCCAAACGAAUUAUUUCGAUUGCUAAUGGCAUAGUUAAACACUUCACUUAUGAGGAGCUUUUCCCCGAACAAAUCGCUUAGAAUUUUAAUAUGUGUCAUCGGCUGCACUUCGAUAUUUACUGUCAGUAACUGUCAGAACUGUACUAUGAAAUCUAUAGUAUAUGUGACAUAAAAUAUUAUUGUUAAGGAAUACAUAUUCAAGAUGUUUUCUAGCGACACUUAUGUGUCCCUUAGAGUACUACUUAUCUUUCUACAUACACGUAACACUUCUUCUACACGCAUUCUUCCGGUUUCCGUUCGCUCUCCACUAACAGUCUUUGUUUUCUUGUUUAUAUUGUAAACCUUAUUCAUACAGUUAUUGAAAGUAUAUAUACGUGCAUUGUGUCAGCAACAUCUUUAUGUCAUUACACUAAAGUUAUCCUCAACAAUUAUAGAAAAAUAUAGAUUUUUAGUACUGACAGUGAAUAUCGGAAUGCAGCCAUUAUAAGAUUAUUUUGUGCAUUCUACAAUUUAUUUGUUUAAAGAUUAAUCGAAAAAUAGAUUUUUUUACAAUGUUUUAAAAUCGACGAUACAAACAUAAUUACUCAUAGAUAAAAACAGAUAUCGUGUAAUAAUUGUCAUUAAUUACUAACACCGAUUUAUACUAAAUAUUUGCUUGUAUAGAACAAUAGUUCGACAAAAAAAGAAUACCUAUUUGCUAUCGUGUUACUUUGAACGUGACGUUUGAGAAUAUUGCUAAACUAAAAACUUUAUUAUUUAUGUAUUGACGACGUAGUGAAAAUUACGAAUAAAGAACUGAUAUAUUUCUUUUUAUAUUAAA